GUUGCCUCCAGCGAAAGGUCGCCGGACCGGAUGCCAGAGAAGGCGCUGAACAAGGACGAGGCCGUCAAGGCCUACUGGGUGCUCGUGCUCAAGCAAGAUGUACCUGGGGUCGACGCGAUCGUGAGUCGGUAUCACAAAUUCCUUCCGCCGGACCUUCGGUACCCCCCAAUGCUCUACUGCACUGCGCUCCACGUUGCCGUGCAAAAGAACAACGAGCCCCUCGCGGCUCUCUUUCUGCGGCUCGGCGUGCACAUCAAUGCUCAAAACAAGGCGGGGGCGACAGCGCUGCACCUCGCGUGUCGACUGGGCUUUGUAAGCAUGGUCACCUUUCUUCUCCGGAAUGGCGCUGACUAUGCCGUGCUCGAUACACAAAUGCAUUCGCCGUUCGAGGUUGCGACGUGGUCUGUCCUGCAAGAUGCGCUUCUCUCGCCUCUCCAGACCCAAGCCGCCGCCCUUUUGGCCAGCGAGGCCUGCGCUUGCGAUGACGCUGCUCGCCUUCAGAGCGAGAUUGGUCGCGCCAAGACGGCCUUAGAAGGGCUGCACAUGGAGUGGGAUGACAUUCAAAGCCAAGGGUUGGAAGAAUGGAUGGCGUACCGUGAGCAGUCGGAUAUGGAAGAUGCGUUGCGCCUCGAAUUGAUCGAGUUGCGACGAACGUUGCAGCACUGCGAUGCCGACCGAGAGACAAAGACCGAGCACGGGGCCGAGCAGCAUGCCCAGCUGGAGGAAGUGCUUGGGCGGUAUCGCGUCGCCCUCGACCGCACGGCGGGUGCAACGAACGAGCUCCAUCACCAGCAAGAUCUGCUCGCAACCGCGUACAGCGUCAAGAGGGCCAAGUGGACCAUUUACUCGGACAAGCUCGGUGUCGUCGAUGCCAUGGAGAACGCCCCGAACGAUAUCGACGUGCAGCUCUGGGGCGCAAACCUCCUCUCCCACCUCGCCCACGAUCCGCAGACACCCCACGAGCUCCUCGUCAAGCAGAAUAUGCUACAUACCGUGCGCGACACGAUGGAGCGAUUCCCUUUUCACGCCAAGAUCCAGGAGCACGCGAUUGAAGCCAUCGGCGCCCUCUGUGAUGCACUCCCUACGGCAUGCGAGCUCUGCAUGCAAGAACGCUACAUUGAAAACAUCCAAGCCGCCCAGCGCCAGUUCACGCCCGACGAUGCCUUUGCCAGUCAUUGUGUCUACGCCCUGCGCGCGCUACUCAUGCCCCGAACGCCGUCGACGCACCCCGUGUCCCAAGUGCACCUCAAGUUCAUGUGCAAAUUUUGCGCCGACGACAAUGCCUUUGUCGUCGAUUUGCUCGCCAAGUGCCGGAGCUCCAAGCUCGUACUCUACCACGAUGUGUUGCCCGACCUCGCUGGACUUUUGUUUGUCCUCGCAAAGUACAACGCUCGCCACGUCUUUUUAGAGCGUGACGCGCUGGGGCUUCGCACCGUCCUCGACAUCCUCGUGCAAGUCUCUGUCGAUGAGGAAACCGUGCGCAACCUCUUGGGUAUCGCCUCGCUCUUGUCGCUCGCAGAUGUGCGAAGCCCCGAAGAAGACACGCUGCCGUCGUGCUACAUUUCAUUUGGGUUGCCCAAGGUGAUUCCGCUCAUUCAAAAAUACGCUGGGAACCCGGACGUUGUCAUGUGGGGCAUUCGCUUCCUUCGCAAUUUGGCCGAGCGCGACGUCGUUGCCAAAGACCAAGUGAGUCGCAGCGGCAUUGAACAUAUCCUCACUGACCUCAUUGCCGCGUGCGCGUCGACGUCGAUGCGAAUCUCGAUUUUGCAACUCAUCCACGUGGCGUUUGUGACCAACUAUGACCGGCUGAGCCAAGUCGAAGAGCUCUCAACCAUGGUGCUGGACAGUGUCCGCGACUGCUUCUUGACACAUCAACACAGCGUGACUCUGCAGGAGUGGGCCCUGAAAAGCCUCGUCGUCGCGUGCAAGCAUCCAUCAAACCUCGCGUACCUCAUGGCGUCCCGCGACGACCUCGAGGCGUGUCUCAUGGACAUCUUGUUACCUCUCGCGCGUCAAGCGCCCGAGAUCUUUGACGCGCGGCGUUACAACACGCUUUUGCUCUGGGGGCUCCGCUUCCUCCUCCUCUACUACGAAUAUGAAGGGAAUGCGGGCUCGUCGCUGCACGACCUUGCAAACUCGCACGAUGCGUGCAGCGUCCUCUUUGCAAUCGACAGCUUUUGCGACAAGCACCGCGAGCCGACGACAGCAACAAUCACCAACCUCGUCACGGUGCUUCGGACAGUCGUGCGGUGCACGUGCCGUCAACGGUCUCUCCCGUAA